AUGGCGUAUGGCGGGGGAGAGGUGCAGGACAUGGAAGUGGAUAAACGUAGAGAGUCCGAUGAAUCUGCAGAUGAUGACAUAAAGGAGAAGCAAGCUGUUCAAGAUGGAGAAGUGCAGAAUGGCGAAGAGGCAGCAGAUGACUCAGAGACACCAGUAAGCCUGGAGACCAUCAACCUGGACCCUGAAGCUGAGGAUGUCGACUUAAACCACAUGCGAAUAGGAAAGAUUCAGGGAUUUGAGGUGCUUAGAAAAGUCAAGACCCUGUGCCUGCGACAAAACCUUAUAAAGGUGAUUGAGGACUUGGAACAGUUGGUGACAUUGAAUGAAUUGGACCUCUAUGACAAUCAAAUCCGUAUUAUCCAGAACCUGGAGAACCUGAGUCAACUCCAAAUUCUGGACCUUUCAUUUAACCUUCUAAAACGCAUUGAAGGUCUAGAGUCAUUGACUCAGGUACAUCGCCUCUAUUUGGUGAAUAACAAGAUCAGCCGAGUUGAGAAUCUCAACAGUUUAACAAAGCUCCGUUUGCUAGAACUGGGCUCAAACCGUAUCCGGGAGAUUGAGAAUCUGGAUACAUUAAGAGAUCUUGACAGCCUUUUUCUUGGUAAAAACAAAAUCACCAAAUUGCAGAACAUGGAAACUCUAAGUAACCUCACUGUACUGAGCGUACAGAGUAAUCGCCUUACAAAGAUUGAAGGCCUACAGAGUCUUGUGAAUCUGCGUGAGCUCUACCUAAGUGACAAUGGCAUCCAAGUUUUGGAGGGUCUGGAGAACAAUAAAAAGCUCACUACUUUGGAUGUUGCUUCUAAUAGAAUAAAGAGAAUUGAAAAUAUCAGGCAUUUGACAGAACUCCAGGAAUUCUGGAUGAAUGACAACUUGGUGGAUAAUUGGGCAGACUUAGAAGAAUUAAGCGGUGCCCAAGGUUUGCAGACCGUGUAUCUGGAAAGGAAUCCCCUGCAGAAAGAUAACCAAUACAGGCGCAAAAUCAUGCUGGCGCUGCCCUGUGUCCGCCAGAUUGAUGCAACUUUUGUCCGAUUCUGA